ACACAUUUACGCCUAAAGAAAUGGGGCAUUCGAUUGAUUUAUCAGCGCCGGACUCCUGACUUCACCGCUUUUGUCACUCAGCAUCGUCCGCUUCUACACGUCUUCGCCCUUGCCAUCAGAAACAAAAGACUCCCUCCCUUCCUUCCUUCCAUCGCCUAUACAGACUCUAUACAGACAUAAAUACUCCCCACACAACAAAACUCCAUUUCAUUUCAUUUGCAUUUCGCCAAUCCAAAAAUGAGCUGGUGGUGGGCUGGAGCUAUUGGCGCUGCUAAGAAAAAAUUCGAUGAAGAUGAUGCACCGCCCCAGUAUCAGAGCGUGGCUCUAAUAGUUGGGGUCACCGGCAUCGUGGGCAAUAGCCUCGCCGAGAUCCUCCCCCUCGCCGACACCCCUGGAGGCCCCUGGAAGGUCUACGGCUUGGCUCGCCGCCCCAGACCCUCCUGGAACGCUGAUCAUCCCAUUCACUACAUCCAAUGCGACAUCUCUGACCCCCAGGACACCCAAUCCAAGCUCUCCCACCUCGACGAUAUCACUCACCUCUUCUACGUCACCUGGGCCAACCGAUCCACCGAACUCGACAACUGCCAGGUCAAUGGCAACAUGUUCAGGAAUUUACUCAGCGCUGUUAUCCCCAGUUCCCCAAAUUUGCGGCAUAUUUGCUUGCAGACUGGGAGGAAACAUUAUCUUGGUCCGUUUGAGUUGUUUGGAAAAGUAGGCCAUGAUCCUCCUUUCCACGAGGACUUGCCCCGCCUCGACGUCCACAAUUUUUACUACACUCUCGAGGAUAUAUUGUUUGAGGAGGUGCAGAAGAAGGAGGGAUUAACAUGGUCCGUUCACCGACCUGGAAAUAUUUUCGGAUUCUCACCUUAUAGUUUGAUGAACAUUGUUGGAACCCUUUGUGUUUAUGCAGCUAUAUGCAAGCACGAAGGCGCGCCGCUCAAGUUCCCAGGGUGCAGAGAAGCCUGGGACGGGUACUCUGAUUGCUCGGAUGCAGAUUUGAUUGCUGAGCAUCAUAUAUGGGCCGCGGUUGAUCCCUACGCAAAGAAUGAGGCGUUUAACGUGAGCAAUGGAGAUGUGUUCAAGUGGAAGCACUUCUGGAAGGUGUUGGCUGAGCAGUUUGGAGCGGAAUGUGGGGAAUAUGAGGGGGGACCGUUGAGCUUGAAGGAGAUGAUGAAGGAUAAAGGACCUGUCUGGGACGAGAUUGUUAGGGAAAAAGGGUUGGUGCCCACUAAAUUGGAGGAGGUUGGGGUUUGGUGGUUUGCCGAUGUUGUUCUGCAAUAUCCAUGUUUGUUGGAUGCCAUGAACAAGAGCAAGGAGCAUGGGUUUUUGGGAUUCAGGAACUCCAAAAAUGCCUUCAUUUCAUGGAUUGACAAGGUGAAGGCUUACAAGAUCGUUCCAUAGUUUGGCCUUUUGUUUUUGAGUUUUGUGAUGUUUGAUGUGUUCUUAGAUAUGUUUCUUCUCCAGUAGCUUGCUGUUUAGAAAGGUGAGUAAUGAUGAAAGAUUUUAUAUCUGGCCACGAGGUUUUAGUUGCAAUGUGAUCAGUUUCCGCAAUUCGUAUC